AUGGAGCGGAUCCAGCUGGGCGUGGCGGCCAUGGACCGCAAGGCGCGGUCCAAGCCCAUGCAGAACAUCCUCAACCGCCUGAUAAACACCAAGGAGUUUGACGUCACCAUCUUUGGCGACAAGGUCAUCCUCGACGAGCCCGUCGAGGACUGGCCCAUUGUCGACGUCCUCAUCUCGUUCUUCUCGACGGGCUUCCCGCUGGAAAAGGCCAUCUCGUACGUCGACCUGCGCAAGCCGGUGCUGGUCAACGACCUGCGCCUCCAGCAGAUCCUGUGGGACCGCCGUGCCGUGCUCGCCAUCCUCGACAAGGCCGGCGUGCCCACGCCGCGCCGGAUCGAGCUGGACCGCGACGGCGGGCCGACGAUCGAGCCGCAGGUGGCCGAGGACCUGCAGAAGCGCCUCAACCUCGACCUCCAUCACGACCGCGGCGCAAAGGAGAGCUUCCUGCGCGACUACGACACGCUCGUCAUCGACGGCCGCGAGAUCCGCAAGCCCUUCGUCGAGAAGCCCGUCAGCGGCGAGAACCACAACAUCCACAUCUACUUUGACCGGGCGCGCGGGGGCGGCGGGCGCCGCCUCUUCCGCAAGGUGGGCAACAAGUCGUCCGAAUUCGACCCCAACCUCUUCGAGCCGCGCACCGACGGCUCCUACAUCUACGAGGAAUUCAUGGACGUCGACAACGCCGAGGACAUCAAGGUGUACACGAUCGGCCCCUACUUUGUGCACGCCGAGACGCGCAAGUCGCCCGUCGUUGACGGCCUGGUCAAGCGCAACCCGGACGGCAAGGAGAUCCGCUACAUCACCAAGCUCAGCGACGACGAGGUGCGCAUGGCCACGAGCAUCUCCAAGGCGUUCAAGCAGAACAUCUGCGGCUUCGACCUGCUGCGCGUCGGCGGCAAGAGCUACGUCAUCGACGUCAACGGCUGGAGCUUUGUCAAGGGCAACGACUUCUACUAUGACAAGUGCGCCGAGAUCCUGGCCAAGUUCUGCAAGUCGAGCGUGCCGCGGCGGCCGCUGAGCAGCGCCGGCAGCGUGUCGCCGCGCGAGCGCGAGCGAUCGGCCUGGACGCUCAAGGCCAACGUCACCGUCUUCCGCCACGGCGACCGGACGCCCAAGCAGAAGCUCAAGCGGUCGUUCAAGGUCAAGGACGCCUGGACGGCGCCGCUCAUCGAGCUGCUCCAGGGCCGGCGCGAGGAAAUCAUCCUGCGCCAGCAGCUCGACCUAGUCUCGACGGCGGCCGAGCGCGCCAUCGCGCUGCCGGGCGCCCAGAAAGAGGACCUGGAGCUCGUCAUCGAGGUCAUCAAGCGCAAAAAGGACAUGCCGGGCACCAAGGUGCAGAUGAAGCCCAGCUUCGCCAAGCAGACGGGCGAGCUGGAAAAGAUGCAGCUCAUCAUCAAGUGGGGCGGCGAGUUUUCGCAUGCGGCGCGCCACCAGGCAAAGGACUUUGGGCAGAAUAUGCGGCGCGACAUCAACAUCAUGAACGACGCCGCCCUCGCCAACUGCACCAUCUACACGAGCUCCGAGCGCCGCGUGACGGCGUCGGCCGAGAUCUUUGCGGCCGCCUUCCUCGACGACGGCAAGUCGAGCGGCGACCGCGAGAUGGUCAUCCGAAAGGACCUGCUCGACGACAGCAACGCGGGCAAGGAGGUCAUGGACGCCGUCAAGAAGAAGCUUAAGCGGUCGCUGCAGCCCGACGGGCCCGAGGCCGACGCGCGGCCCGACGACUGGCCCGACGAGCUGCCGCCUCCGUCGCGGCUGGCCAGCGAGAUUGCCGGGCUGCUGCGCGGGCUGCGCCAGACGAUGCGCGACAACUACCGCGCGCUCGACGUGGAGCGGAUCCAGGCGCGGUGGUGCACCCACGAGACGCCGGCCUUGUUCCGCGAGCGGUGGGAGAAGCUGUUCAACGACUACGACGACGAGCCCCACGACCCUUCGCGCUCGAGCGAGCUGUACGACAUGCUGUCGCACGACGGGCUGCACAAUCGCGCCUUUAUCGAGGCCAUCUUUGCCGACCGCGCCGAGCCGGACGCCGCCAAGCGCCUCGAGCGCCUCCACGAGCUGUACAGCAAGGCCCUGGCCCUCUUCCAGUUUGUCUGCCCGCGCGAGUACGGCAUCACGCCCGAGGAAAAGGAGGAGAUUGGCUUCCUCACCUCGAUGCCGCUGCUCAACAACGUCGUCGACGACCUGCGCGCCGCCCAGGACGCCAAGGGCCUCUGCUCGCUCUACUUUACAAAGGAGUCGCACAUCCACACCUUGCUCAACCUCGUCCUCGCCUCGGACCUGCCCAUAGUCAUGCCGCGCAUCCCGCCGCUCGACUACUUUGCCAGCAUCACCUUUGAGGUCUACGAGCGCAACACGGCGGCGGCCGCGACGGCCGGCGGCGGCAGCAACGGCUCCGCGUCGUCGAACAGCUCGCUGCACAAGUCGCCCUCGACCAACUCGCUCUCGACGGCGGCGGCGACGACCACGGCGCAGCCAUCGUCCUCGUCGCAGCAGCAGCAGCAGCAGCAGCAGCAGCAGCAACCUUCGCCUUCGGCAGCACCGACGCCGGCGCCGCAGUACGCGCUGCUGAUCAGCGUGUCAGAGGGUGCGCACAGCUCCAACAUCCUCUCGAUCAACCUGGAUGCGCGGCACGCGCUGACGCCGCUGCCGCGACGGCCGCUGACGACGUACGUCGACCUCGACGAGGCGCUGGCCAAGCUCUCUGCGCACUCGGCGCGCGAAAACUACGAGGCGGCCCAGCUUGAACGCGGACAGGUCGAGGGCGCCACCGUCUUCUUCGGUCUCGAGGACCCGGAUCGACAGCUCAUGCCCAUCAAGCAGCGCAGGGAGAGCAUCGAUACCGACCGCGGAUCCAUCAAGCAGGCCUGA